AUGGACACAGAAAUUGAUCAAAAUCUAGAACAAAUUACGCGUGAAUAUGUAGACUUCUUAGAUGAUAUGGAGGAUCAAGGGAUAUAUGCUACAAUGGUUAAGAAUAUGAUUCAAGAAAAUAAGUACAGAUUAGUAAUAAAUAUCAAUGAUUUAAGAAGGAAAAAUCCUGCACGCACAAUUGGUUUGUUGAAUAAUUCCUUUGAGGAGCAACUGGCAUUUCAAAAUGCCUUGAAACAGUAUAUCUCAAGUGUGGAUAUGGAUUAUAUCAAAAACAAUAAAGAUUUUUUUGUAGCUUUUGAAGGAAGCUUUGGAAAUAAACAUGUCACUCCAAGAACACUUACCUCUCGCUUUCUGGGUAAUCUGGUAUGUGUAGAAGGUAUUGUCACAAAAUGCUCAUUGGUACGACCAAAAGUUGUGAGAAGUGUUCAUUACUGUGAAGCAACGAAAACUGUUCUUGAGAGAGCUUAUUCGGAUUUAACUUCCUUGGAUGCUUUUCCUCAUUCUGCUAUAUAUCCAACCACUGAUGAAGAUGGCAAUGCAUUAGAAACAGAAUUUGGCUUAUCAACUUAUAAAGAUCAUCAGACACUUACUAUACAGGAAAUGCCAGAAAAAGCUCCAGCUGGACAGCUACCACGAAGCGUGGAUAUAAUUUGUGAUAACGAUUUAGUAGACUUGUGCAAACCUGGAGAUCGAGUACAAGUUGUUGGAAAUUAUCGGUGUCUUCCAGGGAAGCAAGGUGGAUACACAACUGGAGCUUUCAGGACUGUUCUGAUUGCUAACAAUAUAAUGCAACUGAGCAAGGAAGCUAACCUUGCGAUCUCUCACGAUGAUGUAGCUAUGUGCAAAAAAUUGGCGAAAAACAACCCCUGCAAGAACAUAUUUGAACUGCUUGCUAAGUCUCUUGCACCAUCCAUACAUGGCCAUGACUAUAUAAAGAAAGCUAUUCUGUGCCUCCUCUUAGGUGGACUAGAGAAGAUUUUGCCAAACGGUACGAGGUUGAGAGGAGAUAUAAAUGUGCUGCUCAUCGGAGAUCCAUCAGUGGCUAAGUCGCAAUUACUGCGUUACGUGUUGUGUACAGCUCCACGAGCAAUUUCGACGACCGGAAGAGGAUCCUCGGGCGUGGGUCUCACCGCGGCAGUCACGGUCGACCAAGAGACCGGUGAACGCAGACUGGAAGCAGGCGCGAUGGUCAUCGCAGACAGGGGUGUUAUUUGUAUUGAUGAGUUUGACAAAAUGUCAGAUAUCGAUAGAACAGCGAUACACGAAGUAAUGGAGCAAGGCAGAAUUACCAUCGCCAAAGCGGGUAUUCAUGCCAGUUUGAACGCGCGCUGUUCGGUAUUAGCAGCUGCGAAUCCCGUAUAUGGAAGAUACGACCAAUACAAAACUCCCAUGGAGAAUAUCGGGCUGCAGGAUUCUCUGCUAUCACGUUUCGAUCUUCUUUUCGUAAUGUUAGACGUGAUCGAUUCGGAUCAAGAUCACAUAAUCAGCGACCACGUCGUCAGGAUGCAUCGAUACAGAAGUCCUUUGGAGCAGGAUGGCGAAGCCUUGAGCUUGGGCUCGAAGUUAGACAUGUUGACGACGAAAAAUCCGGAUGACGUAGUCACUGAAGAGACGCAAUCGCAAGUUUAUCAGAAGUAUGAUCCACUUCUGCACGGAGCAACGCGUUCCAAAAAUGAUCAGAUCCUCAGCAUAAAUUUCAUGAGAAAAUACAUUCAUAUCGCCCGGUGUAUGAAGCCCAAGCUCACAGAAGAAGCGAGCGCUGUUAUCGCGGAGGAAUAUUCGAAACUUCGUUCAGAAGAUGUAGUAGAGUCCGAUGUUGCAAGGACUCAACCAGUAACAGCAAGAACUCUAGAGACACUGAUUCGAUUGGCGACCGCGCAUGCAAAAGCUCGGUUAUCCAAAAACGUAGAGAGCGAAGACGCGCGAGCUGCGAUCGAGCUGGUGCAGUUCGCAUACUUCAAACGCGUAUUAGAAAAGGACAGGAAAAAGCGAAGACGUCGCGACAGCGACAUAUCGGAGGACGAGAAUGAGAUCAACGAAGGAAGACGGACGAAGCGUACCAAGAAGACUCAAGACUCGGGCGAGGUUGAUCCGUACGAAUAUGAAAGCGACGACGACACGCACAUUGAUGAAACCACGAGGAGAAUGACCAGAGCACGUUCGCAGAAAACUACACCCUCGUCGCAGAGUGCUACCACCGAGAGCGCCGCCGCCGAGAGCGCCGCCGCCGAGAGUGCCGCCGCCGAGAGUGCGGAAACAUCCAUCCCGGAGACGCCAACUGCAACACCAACGAUCUCGCAAGAGAGACUUAACGUCUUCAAGUCGUCGCUUCACACUUUGUUCCAAGAGCGUAGGACUCAGACGAUACCUCUGACUGAAGUUACCAUGUAUCUGAACACAACGCGUUCACUGAAUUUCACAUCCGAUGAGAUCACCGCCGCCAUCGAAACCAUGACGAACGACAAUCAGAUUAUGGCCGCGGAAGGCAAUGUCUUCCUGAUAUAAGAAGCCUGUCUAAUUAUAAAAAUAUUCUUUAUAUUCUAAAAUAAUAAGAAUCACAGGUGCCAUUAAUUUAUUCAUUGAGAGUAGAUAACAUAGUAACGGCACAAUUACGGUCAAUUUUUACAUAUAUCAAUUAUAUUGUUACAAUUUGGGAAAAUAUUUUUAUACGUAUUCGCAUUUAUAUAUACCAGUGAUUAAGAAAUAAUAAGUGCAACUUUUUACGAAUAAUCAUGACUAAUAACAUUUAUUUGCCCUAUAUUCGAUAUAAGACAACACAUUGGCACAUAAACUAGCAACAAUCAUCAACAUUCAAUACAGUGAUGUAAACGUAAUACAGUUCACAAGGCUAAGCCCUCCCCAUUGCGAAAUAUAUACAACACGUCGAUCCAUCGUGCGUGUGCGUACUAUUUGCACUAACAUCGAUCGCGUUUCGCUAAAGGCUCGUCUU